UUGCAGUCACUGCAGUCGCUUGUGCUGAGUUUCACCUGUUUGAACUGCCUCAGGAUCUGAGCUCCCUUUGGACCCGCGGAGAAUCUACCUGCUGGCACAUCCAGACAAGUGUCCUUUGCCUGAAGCGGCGGACGCCACAGCGAUUCUGAACGCGCAGCGUCCUCCUGAAAUGACAGAGGCCCGGCCACGGAACGUGCCAAAAGCCGCUUUCGCAGCGCCUGCAGCGGCAGCACCAGCACCAGCACCAGCCAAGGAUCCUGUGGAGGCCAUGGCUCCAGCUGAAUCUGGUGACGGUGAGGGUGAAGAAGUUCGGCUUGAUCCAGAGAGCGGAAAGGAAGUUACGUUUCAGCAGUUACAGGAGAUGUACAAAGUUCACUGGAUGCCUGAAGACAUUGAGGCUUACUGGGCUUCUGACUGUGAACCUGUCAAGAAGUCGUCCAGGGCAACUGAGGUUUCUGUGGCACCUGCUCCCAAGAGUGCUCCAGAAAGCGGAAAUACCGCAGCUAUGCCGGAGACGGCCCAGCGAAAGACACGGCGAUUCUGAACGGGCGUGCCCCACGACGGUUGACUUCA